AUGUCAAGCUCUACGCAGCGUAAUCUCACGCUCACAGAGGAGCUGGAAAGACUAGAGCAGUCCAUCACGUUGACUCUGCAAGAAAUCGACAGCAAUUUCUCCCGAGCCCACCGAAUUGUUACAACGAGCAUUCUGCCCAUCGUCGAGCAGUACGCGGAACACUCAAAGGAUGUCUGGGAAGGAGCCAAAUUCUGGAAACAAUUCUUCGAAGCAAGCGCCAACGUCUCCCUAUCAGGCUACGAAGAAAUGCCAAACGAGGACACAACAACCACAGACCACGAGCAAACCGUAACCGAAGACUCGACCAACCUGACACAAACAAGUUUGGACGACGAAGCUGCAUCUUAUCAAACUCCCUCGUCCGAACAUCUAGAUCUGGGACAUCACCAUCAGCAUGAUGAAAGCGAAUUGGAUAUUUCGUCGCUCACCAUAUCACCAUCGCACAGCACCCCUAGACCGCAGACUUAUUUGAAGGGUGGUGAGACUCCGACGGCUGGUGGAUAUCCAUCAGCUUACGGUGAGGACGAUACCGGUCGAGUUGGAUACGAAGAUUCGGCGCUCGCGGAGGGCAACGAUGAUAAUACUGCACCAGUCACUCCCGGCAGAAAUACAACCCGAUUUCAACCAAACACAAACGAAACACCAAUGUCCUCCCCAUUCAUCCCUCCACCCACAAUCUCGCGUACCACCCAACUGUCAACCUCGAAAAAGACAACUCAAAAGAACUACCAAAAACCAACAGACCCCGUCCUGCACCACGUCCUCGACAAAACAUACCGUGUCCAAGCCACGCCUUUGUCGAAGGGAUACAAACCCACAAAAUUCUCCGUCAGCACCCCGAAGGAGAAGACCGCCACCACUGCCUCGGAGGGUAAACACGCAUACGACGACUCUCCACUCUCCAGUCCCGAACUCGAGGCUCCAAAACUCCGCUCAGAACUCUUCUCGUAUAGAGGCGCACAGAACACACCGGGUACAAACCGCAAGACUCGUCAUCAUCGCAGUCCCGAAAAGCGGGAGCGCACUACACCCAGACCGGGAGUUAGUGUGUUGACACCUGCCAAACCACGACUAUCCUUGGUCAGUGGCAACAUGAAAACGACAAGAGGCGGCUGGGAAAGCGACGAGGAUGACGAGGAUUUCGAUGCGUAUGAUCCUGAGGAUACGGCUGCGGCGCUGGGAUUUAGUCCGCCAAAGACUAUGCAAUUCCAUAUUCCGCAGAGUCGGUUGAUGAAGACGCCUGCCAAAGAAGCCUCUAAACGCAUCGUGUCGGAUCUUCUUGCUACCGCAGGCGGCACGGGCACUACGGCGGAUGACGAUAUGACGGAGGAUUUUUAUCAUCGGUAUCGAGCAGGUCCAGAAGAAGAUGAGCAUAGUCCCACUGUUGUGCGGAGUGGGGGGCGAUUGGAAGACGAUACUUUUUAG